AUGCUACUCCUACCUGGAUUCGUGUUACUCGUGUUGACAUUUGUGGUCACCUCUGGUUACCAAACGGGUAAAACCAGUCAUGAAAGUGAUGAAAGACCUGUCGAUAGGUGCCAUCAACAGAUCGCUGACUGUAUGAACAAAGCGUGGCCCGAUUUCUUCACAAAAGUCUUGAAGGGAUGGAAGGACGCACACAAAAUUCAGUCCAAGAAAAAGCACCAGCGUGUGUCCAAUGAAACUGCCCAUAAGAUCAAAAUAUUGGCGCUCGAACUUUGGAUGACCAAGUACGUGGGUCGCUGUAUAGGGGAGACCAGUGAGUGUAACGGCAAAGCAAUCGUCCAUUGCAUGGCCGUGCAGUUAACCCCCCUGUUUGACAACACCCCGCUCAACCUUGUUAGUUUCCAUAACACUUAUGCAUCGCAUGCGUCCAUGGUGACAGGAAGUAUAUCAUCGUGCCCGCUGUUUACAGAAGAUGAACGUAAUAGCCCCGUGGACUGGUAUGUGGUCUACAAACUGCCUAUAGUAGCCAAUCAGACGGAUCCAUUGAGAACGGGUUUGAACUACGCGUAUAUGACCAGUAACUCGCAAACGGGUUGGAUACUGUCCAGUCUGAACAUAAGUGACCAGGAAUCACUAUUUGGUCAAACAUUGAACCAGCUCAAUAAAACCAAAUUAGAUCCCAAUGUCACUUACAUCUAUUAUAAUGAUCAGCCCCCGACAAAUGACAGCGAAAGUACCGGCGCUCACGCUAAGGGAGUCAUAGCCACCGAUACAGCCCAUGGAUUUUGGCUCAUGCAUACAGUUCCUAAAUUUCCGCCUGUACAGCCGGGUCAUCCAUAUGUGUACCCAUCUAAUGGUGCCAAGUACGGACAGACAGCUCUGUGUAUAUCAGUAAACAUCACGCAACUGGACGCAAUCUUUACGCAAAUGCUGGUUAUGCAGCCAAAAUGACAUGCAGGAGUAAUUGGCACCGCCCUAAAAUUCGAUAGAAUUCUCGGUAAUUUGACAAGUGGGAACUGGAGUCACAGUAGCCAGAGUAUCAUGCAUAUCAACAGCAUCAGCGGCUUCCAAUUCGUUAGUUUUAGCAAAAGUCCCUCCAAUCACGUGGACAUAUACUCCCAGAUCGUGGCGCCGGCACUCAACACUAGUCUAGUGGUGGAGACUUGGAGACGCGGGAACGGCACUCUUCCCCCUUACUGUACACUUCCUUAUAGAGUGGAGGACGUGCUGGAAAUGAAUGUAUCGUUUGCGAACAUACCUGGCCACUUUUCAUACACUAAUGAUCAUAGCAAAUGGGC